AUAAUUUUUUAUAAUUAACCUAAACAACAAAACAACCCUUUUUGCCCUUUUUCUGGGCUCUGUUCUGGGUUACCAUUUAAUGAGCUUUCAUAAGAGAAAUAAAAGGCACAUUAUAGGUACUACAUACUGUGCUAAUAGGGUAAUUCUAAUCAAGUGAUUUAAGUUUUAAGGCAGGUAUGUCAGAAAUAGAAUCGGGUAAUCACGAUGAAUUACUAUUUAAUAUGUUAAAAGAUUGUAAAACUUUGCCGAAAUUUUUCGAUAGCAUAUUUGGAUUUCUCCAACGGAGGACUGAUUUCUAUUAUACAGCAAGUCACAAUGAUUCAUAUGUUGGGUUACCAGAGGGAUUGGCUGAGAAUUUGGUCAAACAUUUGUAUAAUAAAUGGAAACCAAAAUGUGAUGAUCAAAUCAUUUUUGAAGAAAAUGAGAUUCCCAUUGAAAAUGAAAUUAUUCUGAGUAAUGAUGCAACAGAUAACAGUUUGACAGAGUUUUCAGAGCGAAGUUCAUGUUCUCUUUAUUUGAAUAGUUUCUCAGAUUGUGAAAGUUAUAAUGGAGCAGUUGUAAACAAUUAUUGCUGGUCCCAAACUAUUUCUGAUAUUGAUGUAACUAUAAAGUUGCCCAACCUAUUCAGAUAUAAGGACUUCAAAGUUAAAAUAUCAACAAAUCACAUUUCAGUUCGAUUAAAAGAUGAUAUAUUACUUGAAGGAGAAUUAUGUCAAAAAUGUAAAUAUUCUAAUGCAAUUUGGUCUGUGGAUAAAGGAAAACUUAACAUUCAUUUAGACAAAUGCAAAGAAAUUUGGUGGGAUCGUUUAAUUACAUCUGAGAACCGAUUGGAUAUAACAAAACUAGAUUGUUCAAGGCCUUUUGAAGACUUACCUGAGGAUGCACAAGCCAAAAUUGAAGAGCUGGGAUGGAAUCAAGAAAGGAAGAGAUUGGGUUUGCCAACCUCCGAUGAUAUGGCUAAACAGGAACUUCUGAAAAAAGCGUGGUAUGCAGAAAAUUCUCCAUUUUCUGGACCGUUUAAUCCAAACGAAAUAUCCAUUGAAAAUGCGGAUAAUAUUUAGUAUUAUAAUAUACAGUUAUAUUGAAUUGUUACAGUUUUAAUAAAACU